UAAACAUUUUCGUUUUGUAGGGAUUGCUUAAAUUACAAUUUUUGAAAUUAAUCUAAGCAGUAGACUCUGAACGCGCACAGUACGAAAUAUAUUAAGGAUGAAAACGAUAGUGUUGGGAUUUAACAUUAUUCUUGUUUUCAUCAAAGUGAGAGAAUGCGGAUCGAGUUCAGGUUGGCAGACAUGUAAUGACAAAUGCUUCUUCUUUGGUAAAAACAACGUAUCUUUUGACAGUAUGAGAGGGUUUUGUAAUACUAUGUCUGGAAGUGCACCUGUAGAUUUAGGAUCAAAAACGGCACAGUCUAUUGCAACAUUUUUCCAACCAUGCCGAAUAGUAAAGACUGACAAAGAACCGUAUUGGAUAAAUAAAGAAAGUCUACUUUGCCGAACAAUAACAUUCGAUGGGGAUGCAGUUUUAAUGAACCAGAAUGAACAAUGUACGUCAAAGAAGUAUCCGAUUUGCGAAAAUGAGAAAUCAUUCUGCAAGGCUUCGAACACUAGUCACGAACUUAAGCAUGAUUGGGUGCAAAUUGCUGGUCGAGGUCUUUAUUAUAUGCUAUCUGGCACCCAAUACACUUAUUGCUAUGCUAAAUAUAUUUGUGAAAAAUGGCACAGUCAAAUAUCUCCUGGCGGAAACUACACUUAUAUGGGACUUUUGGGCACAGAGCUUGGGAUAACGGGACGGAUGAAAGUCGAAUUUUGGUUACACAGUUCAGAUGUUUCUUGCCCGAAUGGAAAUGAGGAGGGAACUGUUAUGCAAUUCUCUGGACCUUAUGUACACAUAGCAGCCAAUAAAAGUGCACAGAAUCAGUAUAGUGUGCUUUGUAUGAGUGAUAAACCAGGCACGACAGUUCAAACACGAUUAAGUACACAGCAAACAUAUAGCAGCACUAAAUCAAAAACCCGGACUAUGCCUCAAACAUCAUCAUCGACAAGCACACAGUCUCCCACAAUCUCCACUAAGCAACAAUCUCAGACGUCAUCAACGAGCACUAAAGCUCCGACAACAACAAGUACACAACAAACCCAGACGUCAUCAACGAGCACUCAAGCUCCGACAACAACAAGUACACAACAAUCUCAGACAACAACAAGUACACAACAAACGCAGACGUCAUCAACAAGUACUCAAGCUCCGACAAUCCCAAGAACAAAACAAAUUCAGACGUCAACAACGAGCACUCAAGCUCCGACAACAACAAGUACACAACAAUCUCAGACAACAACAAGUACACAACAAACUCAGACGUCAUCAACAAGUACUCAAGCUCCGACAAUUCCAAGAACAAAACAAAUUCAGACGUCAACAACGAGCACUCAAGCUCCGACAACAACAAGUACACAACAAACUCAGACGGCAUCAACGAGCACUCGAGCUCCGACAACAACAAGUACACAACAAUCACAUACAACAACAAGUACACAACAAAUUCAGACGUCAUUAACAAGUACUCAAGCUCCGACAAUCCCAAAAACAAAACAAAUCCACACGUCAUCAGAGAACACACACGCUCCGACAACAAGUACACAACAAACUCAGACGGCAUCACCGAGCACUCAGACAACAUCAAUUACACAACAAGGACAUAUGCCAUCAACGAGUACACCAGAUACGACCAACCCCAGUACAAAGCAAACUUAUAUGCCAUCAUUGAGCAUUGUCUCGGGGACAAAUGCGCCGGCAAUGGUUAUGACAAGUACAGUUCAAGGUACGAAAUGGGUCACAAUUGGUCGAGAGGAAUAUUACGUUAACACAGUUCCGUUAAAUUAUAACAAAGCAUCUCAAUUUUGUAACGAUAGGAUGAACGCAACGUUGGCAAUGUUUUUAGAUCCAUUAAAUUACUUCUCAAUACUAACACAGAUUCCGCAAGUUGUUUCAGACAGCAAGACAUUCUGGGUUGGAGCACAUGGUUUGGACACAGGAGCACCGGCCACAGACUGUUUGUCUUUCAACAAUAACAACAUGACUCUGACAACACUGUCAUGCAACAUGCAGCGUUUCAGCGUAUGUCGAAGGAUAUUAGGUGGUGACCUUUCCGGAGUUUUGGAAACCCCAGAAUUUAAAACAAUGAUUCGCGAAAUGACAGUACUUAAAAACGGAACAAAAAGACAGAUAAGAAAAUUGACAAGUGCAAAAGAUAAAAGAGUAUCUUCGCAAGCAACGGGGGGUGUCGGGGUAUUUAUAAUUUGUUCUGUCAUAGUUGUGAUGUUGAUGAGUGAUUGUUCUGGCGUUAGAAGUUCUUUUUUCACCAAAAAGAAAUAAAAUGAAUUAGUAUUAGAGUUGCACUGUUUAAAGUUGAUACAGCAAACUUGAUCAUCACACAUCUGUGGAGGUUUCUAAACUCAAAGUUUUACCAUUUUCAUGUUUAAAUGUUGAAUUCUGCUAAAGCCGGUGCCAGGGGGCGUAGUUAGGUGUUUGCACUUGAUAGCAUUGUCCAUGAACAGACUCAAUCAAACCAAGCCUGCAAAAUUUCAAUUUGGCCGUUUUGAACUUUCUUGAGGGAUUCUUAUUUACUCUACUUUACCGAUAUCGAAGCAUGCUAGUUAAAAUGUUUUUAAAAUUGAAUCAAAUUUGUGUUAAAGCUUUUAUGAUAAGUUCAAUAUAACUAAAAUCACAUAGAACAUUUACUUCAUCUGUUGCUAAAUAUUCUCUAAAGUCUUCCAUUAGGCCUUGAUAUAUUUUUGCUCUUUAUUAAUGCAUUUAUGUAUUUACCGUGUAUAUCCAGUGACGUCAGAAUGUGAAUACAUGUAUAAACUAUGCUUUAAAAAUCACUUGAAUAGUUCACUGGCGGUAAUCUUGUUUUACUGAUUUGCUUAUAUGUAGAUGAGGAUAAAUAAAAGUUAUGUAACAAAA